AUGACCAAAAAGAUAGAACCUUCCAUCCUUGUGAUCUUCUUUCUAACUCAAUCUCUGGCCUUGAUGAAUACCAGUGAUAGCCAUCCUCUGGAUGGAUCUGUUGGGACCCAAAUCAUCCAUGUUGAUGCCUUCCGAGGUAUGGUCAGCAUCCGAGACAACAAUGUUUUCAGUGAAUGGGAUGGAAUCUUGGACUACAAGAAUGCUCUCUUGGCAGCUAAGCUAUUUAGCAAGAUGGCCUGUGUGCUGGCCAAGAUGGACCAAGUGGUCUUCCCAAGUUUGAGCGACAUUAGCAAGGCUCUGAGCAAACAGAAUUCCAAUCAUUACCCAGCCACCCAUGGCCUGACCUACACCGUUCUACCCAGUCGGGUCAAGAACUUAGCGCAGUAUGGAAUGCCCAUCAAGAACCUGUGCAGAGCGGUCCCCACCUAUUUCGCCCAGCAGCAAAAAGAAGGUACUGCCCUGGCAAUGGACCCUAACUCUUGUUUUGAGGUCCAGCUUCUGUCCUUUAUGGGACUCUCCAUCUGUGGUGAGAUCACUGGGCUCUGA